UUUAAAUGUAUUUUUCAGAAUGAAGCAUGUUACUUCUGUAACGGAUACUAUGGACCUUGCUUUGGUGAGCCAGUGUGUGCUACAUGCCAUGCUCUUCUGUAUCCGAACGAUGCAUCUCAGCGACUUAAUAUCGGUCCAUACCAGGAGAAAACCGAUGACGGCGACUCCGGGAAUGAAGAGCCGAAAGAUCCCACCGAUUUCCACCAAAUCCAGCGGAGGGAGAGCCAGGGCGACAUGCAACCGCCUCUCCAGCCAGCACAGCAGCAACUCCUGCCACCAGACGGGAAUAUUGAAGGGAACCGAAUACCCAUCGUAGAAGAUAUAGGAGAAAUGGAUUAUGCCGAAGGAGCGGCUGCCAUGUUGGUUUCCGACAACAUAACGGGGGAGAGCGUUGCAGCGAGUGUUAGUGGCGGAGUGCCUGGUCUCGGAGGUGUCUUGCCUGGUCGGGGUAACGGCAUUGGCCCAUCUGUGAGUAACAUAGGAGGUAGAGGUUGCUUGGGCAGGAACAUUGCAAGCAAAGGAAACCUACAAGAGAUGAUCAACCAGUUGACUUGUCCACGACCUCCUGAUAAUCUCGACCCGUCGCUCAUACAUCGCAUCCCUCCUGAAG